AUAGACAAGAUCAACAAGGAAAGGCGGUGUUUAAGGAACACAAUUAGUUGUUUUAGUCAGAAAAUGAAUAGUGAGUAAUUCAAAUAACGGAUAUUCUAUUAUUACAAGUUCUGUUGCGUAAGGAAAGAUGACACCGACUGCUCUGUCUGUUAUAUCUGUGGUAAUAUUCUUGCAAUUUGGAUUAUCGAUACAUACAUGUCCUGAAUGUAUAUGUUGCCAAAACGGACAGCACGCGUGUGAUUCCGAUAAAAAAUGCCUCAACGGAUGUACAGCCGGAUAUUUUGGCGAAAAAUGCACAGAAAAGUGUCCAGAAAAUUGCAAUACUUGUGAAAAUGAAUAUAGAUGUACAGACUGUAAGCCUGGUAACUAUUUUACAAAAUGUAAUAUACCGUGUGGAAAAGGAUGUAUAAAUAAUACAUGCUCGAUAACAGGGAAUUGUACUUGUAAAUCGACGGAUUUUAAAACAGGUAAAUGUGAUUAUUGUUCCGAGAAUAAUAAGUAUGGCGAUGAUUGUAACAAUACUUGUCGAAUUAACUGUGUAUCUUGUAUAUCAGACACAGACUGUACAGUCUGUAAAAACAACGGUUAUUACGGAUCAUAUUGUCAGUACAUAUGUCCACACGGCUGCAAAGAUGGUAAAUGCAGUAAAAAAAAUGGACAUUGUUAUAGGGGAUGCGAACUUAAAUUUACCGGGGAUAAAUGCGAUACCUGCUCACCUGGACUAUAUGGAACGUAUUGUGAUUUAAAAUGCCCAGGGAAUUGUUCAGUCUGUACUUCGGAAUCUAAUUGUACACAGUGUAACAAUGGCUUCUAUGGGGAAACAUGUAAAGAUGUUUGUCCAUCCGGCUGUAACGGAUCAUGCUCACUUACUGAUGGCCGUUGCUUUGUUUGUAAACCGGGAUUAACUGGAAACUUUUGCAACAAAACGUGUGAAAAUGGUACAUAUGGGGUCAACUGUUCCAAAUCAUGUCGGAAUACAGAAGCAAAUUGCCAUGCCUGUAGCACAAAUGAAUCAGGGAGCUAUAAAGAAUGUAUAAAAUGUGAAAGUGGAUAUUAUCGGGUCAUUCCUUAUGGAAGUAAUCAAAGUAUAUGUACACGUUGUAAAUAUAACUGUAAAGACAAUGUAUGCAAUGAUACUGGUGUUUGUACACGAGGAUGUGUGCCUGGAAAAUGGGGUGAAAGAUGCGCGGAAAAUUGCGCUAAAAAUUGUGAAAAAUGCAGUCAAACUGACGGAAAAUGUUUAGAGUGCACGCGUGAGACGUUCUCUGACGAUUGCUUAAGAAAAUGUAGCACACAUUGUAAUGAUAGUGACAAUAGCCGAGUUUGCACAAGUGAUACGGGGAUGUGUUUACAGGGAUGUAAGUCGUUUACAAGAUACGGGAAAACACUGUGAAAAACAUUGUAACGAUACUUGCAACAAUGGAGGGUGUGAUUGGAAAACGGGACAGUGCUCGGAUGGGUGUAAAAUGAAUUAUUUUGGGCUGUUUUGCAACGAUUCAUGUCCUCAUACAUGCAAGUCAAACGAAAGUAAACGCAUAUGUGAUGGUGUAAAUGGGCAUUGUUUUUAUGGAUGUAAAGACGGUUUUCAUGGCAGUAGAUGUGAGAACAGAUGCAGCAGUCAAUGUAAAAAUACGACUUGUAACCAGGUUACAUUGGAAUGUCUGCUUGGUUGUAUCGAAGGAUAU